AGAGAGAGAGGAGGGUGGUGGAGGGGGAGUGGAAGGGGCAGAAUUUGGACAGCUGGGAUCUACGGGGCAAGCUCUUUUACCUGGCUUAAUGACGGCCAUCGCUUCAACUCGCUCGGCCACCUCUCUAUUCUCCAUGUAGUGGAUCCUUCGUUUCCGCCAGAGGUUUAUCAGAGUCUGAUGACCCCUUCCAGGGGUUGAGCUGUCCAGAGAUGAAUACAGGCAGUCAAAUCCGCCUGUUGCUAUGGAAAAACUGGACUCUACGCAAGAGACAGAAGAUCCGCUUCCUGGUGGAGAUUCUGUGGCCUGUGAUGUUGUUUAUCGGUCUGGUGUGGCUGCGUAAGGCCAACCCACUGUACAGGCAACAUGAGUGUCACUUCCCCAACAAGGCCAUGCCCUCGACGGGGAUUCUCCCCUGGAUCCAAGGGAUCUUCUGCAACGUCAACAACCCCUGUUUCAGAUAUCCCACCAGGGGAGAGUCCCCUGGAAUCGUCUCCAACUACAACAACUGCAUAUUUGCUCGAUUCUAUGCUGAUGCCCAGGAGCUGCUGCUAAACGAUGAGGAGACCCAGCAGCUAGGGCAGAUCUGGAGAGAAAUGGCCUCCUUCUCUAACUUCAUGGAGGCUCUGCGCAACAACCCACAUUCGGUCUCAGGUCGCGGACUGAGGCUAGACGACAUUCUGAAGGACGACGAGAACUUCACGGCCUUCCUGUUGCGAGACGCCAGCCUCUCAGACUCUGUGGUUCACGAGCUGAUCAAUGCAGAAAUACGACUGGAAAAUUUUGCCUUCGGCAUCCCCGACCUGCAGCUGAAGGACAUCGCCUGCAGCCAGGUCCUGCUGGAACGCUUCAUCCUCUUCCACAGCCGCCGGGGCCUGUUCUCCGUGCGCAACGCCAUGUGCGCUCUCUCCCAGCAGAGGCUGCAGAAGAUCGAGGACAUCCUCUAUUCCAAUCUGGACUUCUUCAAGAUCUUCCGAUUGAUGCCUCGGGUAAUGGAUCGCAAUGCCCAGGGGAUUGACCUGCACUUCUGGGGUCGAGUCCUUAGCACUGUGUCUGAGAAAAUACAAGAGCUGAUGGAGAGGAGCAGCUCCCAGGACCUCCUGAAGGCCCUGCAGCCCCUGGUGCGCUCCGGGGGGCCGGCCUCCUUCAGCGAGCUGACCUCCCUGCUGUCCUCCCUGGUGUGCGGCUACCCGGAGGGGGGGGGCUCCCGCGUGCUCUCCUUCAACUGGUACGAGGACAACAACUACAAGGUGUUCCUGGGGGUCAACGGCAGCAAGAGCCGCGACUACCGCUACGACGCCACCACCACUCCCUUCUGCAACGACCUGAUGCAGACACUGGAGUCCAACCCGAUCACCAAGAUAGUGUGGAAUUCAGUGAAGCCCCUGGUGAUGGGAAAGGUCCUGUACACCCCCGACUCCCCCGCCACCCGCAAGAUAUUAAAGAGUGCCAACGGUACGUUUGAGGAGCUGGAGCGUCUGCAGAUCUUGGCCAAGGCCUGGGAGGAGCUGGGUCCUCAGAUCUGGACCUUCCUCCACAGCAGCGUCCAGAUGAACAUGAUCAGGGACACCUUAAGGAACCCCACCGUCAUGGACUUCCUGGACAGGCGUCUGGAGGACACAGCGUUUUCCACCAAAGACAUCCUGAACUUCCUGUACAGCGGGCCCGCCUACAAGCGGGAGGAGGGCAUGGAAGACUUCGACUGGAGGAAUGUGUUCAACCUAGUGGACCCGCUCAUACGCACGUUCAACCAGUACUCUGAGUGCAUCAACCUGGACAAGUUCGUCCCCCUGACGGACGAGUCCCAGGUCAUCCACCAGGCCCUGUUCCUGCUGGAGAAGAACAAGUUCUGGGCGGGGGUGGUCUUCAUGGACAUGUACCCCUGGACCUCCAGCGUACCGCCGCAUGUCAAGUACAAGAUCCGCAUGGACAUCGACGCGGUGGAGCGCACCAACAAGAUCAAGGACAGGUACUGGGACCCGGGUCCCAGGGCAGACCCGAUGGAGGACCAGAGGUACAUCUGGGGGGGCUUCUCCUACCUGCAGGACAUGAUAGAGCACGGCAUCCUCAGGCUCCACACGGGCAACGACUGGCCCCUAGGGGUCUACAUCCAGCAGAUGCCCUACCCGUGCUACGUCGACGACCUCUUCAUGAUCACACUGAACCGAUGCUUCCCCAUCUUCAUGGUGCUGGCCUGGAUCUACUCGGUGUCCAUGACGGUGAAGAGCAUCGUGCUGGAGAAGGAGCUCCGCCUCCGCGAGACCCUGAAGGCCAUGGGCGUGGCCAACGGGGUCAUCUGGUACACCUGGUUCAUCGACAGCUUCAUCAUGAUGACCGCCAGCACUGCGCUGCUCACCGCCAUCAUCAUGGGCGGCAAGGUGCUGAACUACAGCGACCCCCUGCUGGUGUUCCUCUUCCUGCUGACCUUCACGCUGGCCACCAUCAUGCAGUGCUUCCUGCUCAGCGUCUUCUUCAACAAGGCCAACCUGGCGGCGGCCUGCAGCGGCAUCAUCUACUUCACCCUCUACCUGCCCCACCUGCUGUGCUCCGCCUGGCAGGACCGCAUCACCCGCCCCAUGAAGCUGGCCGCCAGUCUCCUGUCCCCCGUGGCCUUCGGCUUCGGGACAGAGUACCUGUCCCGCUACGAGGAGCAGGGCCUGGGCCUGCAGUGGGACAACAUCCAGAGCAGCCCCCUAGAGGGGGACUCCUACUCCUUCAUGACCUCCGUGGGCAUGAUGCUGCUGGACGCCGUGCUGUACGGCGUGCUGGCCUGGUACCUUGACAACGUCUUCCCAGGUCAAUAUGGAAUCGGUCGACCGUUCUACUUCCUGUUCCAGCCCUCAUACUGGAGCAAACCUGACCCACAGGUCCCAGAUACGGCUUAUGACAUCCCCGAGAGGCCAGAGGCUGAGGCGGCGGCGGGUGAGGAGGAGCAGCAGGAGAAGGAUGUGGAGAGCCUGGGCCACCCAGAGACCUUACACUGCAACGGCUCGGCCAGCCGGCACACCUGCAAGCACCAGGACAAGAGGGAGCGGCUGGAGAGGCAGAGGGAGCAGCUCAGACGACAGCAGCAGGAGGAGGAGAACCCGGAGCAGCAGCCGACUGACCAGCAGGGCGGCGCCGGCCAGCUGUUCUUUGAGCCCGAGCCGGUGGGUCUUGUGAGGGGGGUGCAGAUCCAGGACCUGGUCAAGGUGUACAAGGGCUGCUCUCGUCCCGCCGUCGACGGCCUCACCAUCGCAUUCUACGAGGGCCAGAUCACCUCCUUCCUGGGGCACAACGGCGCCGGCAAGACCACCACCAUGUCCAUCCUGACCGGCCUCUACCCCCCCACCUCGGGCACGGCCUUCAUCAACGGACGGGACAUCCGGACGGAGAUGGAUGAGAUCCGGACCUCCCUGGGCAUGUGCCCUCAGCACAACAUCCUCUACAACCACCUCACCGUGGAGGAGCACAUCCUGUUCUACUCCAUGCUGAAGGGCCGCUCCCAGGACGAGGCGCAGGCGGAGGUGGAGAGCAUGCUGGAGGACCUGGAGCUGCCCCACAAGCGGGACGACGAGGCCCAGGACCUCUCGGGCGGUAUGCAGAGGAAGCUGUCUGUUGCCAUGGCGUUUGUUGGAGGGUCCAAGAUAGUGAUCCUGGAUGAGCCCACGUCGGGGGUGGACCCCUACUCAAGACGCUCCAUCUGGGAACUGCUGCUCAAGUACCGAAACGGCCGCACGGUGAUCCUGUCCACGCACCACAUGGACGAGGCCGACCUGCUGAGCGACCGCGUGGCCAUCCUGUCCCAGGGCCGGCUCCACUGCUGCGGCUCCCCGCUCUUCCUCAAGAACUACUUUGGCGUGGGCUUCUACCUCACGCUGGUGCGCCGCAUGAGGGACCUCCGGCGGAAGGAGAACGACUGUGACUGUGCGUCAGAUUGUUCGUGUGCUUGCUCCCUCUGCACCAAGUAUAAGGAUGACUCCCAGAACCUCUCCCAGCACAUAGACAGAGCCCUGGACGGGGACAUCGACAGCAUCACCAGCCUGAUCCACCACCACGUCCCGGAGGCCAAGCUGAUCGAGAGCAUCGGCCAGGAGCUCACCUACCUACUGCCCAGCAAGGGCUUCAAGCACCGGGCGUACGCCAGCCUCUUCCGGGAGCUGGAGGAGACCCUGGGAGACAUGGGCCUCAGCAGCUUCGGCAUCUCUGACACCUCGCUGGAGGAGAUAUUCAUAAAGGUCACUUCGGACGGAGAGGCAGCGAGCAACGGAAAGACUCCAGAGCAGUGGAUGUUACGUCAACGGAAGAGUAGCAACAAAUGUGCUGCAGAGGUCGUGGAAGAAGCCAAUGGGGAGGCUCAGGACAACGGGGGCUCCUGCGGGCCCUCUGACAGCAACGAGGGGCGGGGCUCCAGACAGGUGAAAGGCUGCAGGCUGGUCCUGAAGCAGUUCCAUGCCCUGCUGGUGAAGAGGUUCCACCAUGCCGUGCGCUGUAAGAAGGACUUCCUGGCACAGGUGGUCCUCCCAGCCAGCUUCGUGCUGAUAGCGUUGGUCUUCACCACCAUCGUACCCCCGUUCGGAGAGUACCCGGGACUCACCCUCAGCCCCUGGCUGUACGGAGAGCAGUUCACCUUCUUCAGUAAUGAGCGGCCGUUCGAUCCCAAGAUGAAGCGCUUCACAGAGAGCAUGCUGGCUAGCCCGGGGCUGGGCACUCGCUGCCUGGAGGGAGAGCCUCUCAGCAUGCCGUGCGGCGACACCUCGGUGUGGGCCUACCCGGCCGUCUCCCCGUUGGUCAGCAACAUCCUGCUGAGCCCCGAGUGGCACGAGGGGAACCCCUCCCCGACCUGCCAGUGCAGCGAGGGCAAGAGGCUGACCAUGAUGCCCACGUGUCCCCUGGGGGCCGGGGGCACGCCCCCCCGCCAACGCAGGGAGGCCACGGGGGACGUCCUGCUGGACCUGACCGGGCACAACAUAUCAGACUACCUGGUCAAGACCUACCCCGGCCUCAUCCGAACCAGUUUGAAGAGCAAGUACUGGGUGAACGAACAAAGAUACGGAGGUUUGUCCGUUGGUGGACAGCUCCCAAUCUUGGACUUGGACCCCACAGAACUUCAGAACACCUUGAAGCAAGUGGGCCGGAUGCUGAACAUCACAGGGGGUACCUAUUCUAAACGCGCUCUGAAGGAUAUCGGGCCGUUCCUGCGCUAUAUGGAGAGUGAAUUCAAUAUAAAGGUGUGGUACAACAACAAGGGCUGGCACGCCAUGGCGUCCUUCAUGAACGUGGCCAACAACGCCAUCCUCAGGGCCUUCCUGCCCUCCUCGGCCAACCCCGUGGAGUACGGCAUCACCGCCGUCAACCACCCGCUCAACCUCACCAAGGAGCAGCUGUCCGAGGUCACCGUGCUGACCACGUCGGUGGACGCGGUGGUGGCCAUCUGCGUCAUCUUCGCCAUGUCCUUCAUCCCGGCCAGCUUCGUCCUCUACCUCAUCCAGGAGCGUGCCACCAAGGCCAAACACCUGCAGUUCGUCAGCGGAGUCAGCCCGCUGGUCUACUGGGUGGCCAACUUCUUCUGGGACAUGGUCAACUAUUCUCUGAGCACAGCCAUGGUCGUGGGCAUUUUCAUGGCUUUCGACAAAAAGUGCUACACCUCCCCCACCAACCUGCCCGCCCUGAUAACACUGCUGCUGUUAUACGGGUGGUCAGUGACCCCCAUGAUGUACCCCAUGUCCUACGUGUUCAGUGUGCCCAGCACGGCCUACGUCUCGCUCGCCUGCAUCAACCUCUUCAUCGGCAUCAACAGCAGCGCCAUCACCUUCAUCCUGGAGCUCUUUGAAAACAACAGGUCUUUGCUGACAUUCAACGAGUGGCUGAAGAAGGUGCUGCUGCUGUUCCCUCACUUUUGCCUGGGCCGGGGGCUCAUAGACAUGGCCAUGAACCAGGCCGUCACCGACGUCUACGCCAGAUUCGGAGAGGAGUACACAAUGGACCCGUUCCGCUGGGACUUUGUGGGGAAGAAUGUGACUUUCAUGGCUGUGGAGGGCUUUGUCUUCUUCCUGCUAAAUCUCCUUAUCCAGUACCGCUUCUUCCUCGACCACUGGUUGUCCGACCGCCAGCGACCUCCCAUCCAAGACGAGGAUGAGGACGUGGCGGAGGAGAGGAAGAGGAUCUACGAGGGAGGGAGCAGGGGGGACAUCCUGUACAUCAAGGACCUCUGCAAGACGUACGUGGGCAGAAAGAGGGCAGCGGUGGACCGGAUAUGUGUGGGCGUCCCUCCAGGAGAGUGCUUUGGCCUGUUGGGGGUUAAUGGUGCAGGCAAGACGACCACCUUCAAAAUGCUGACUGGAGACUCAGACGUGAGUGCGGGGGAGGCCACUGUGUUGGGCUACAGCAUCCUGUCGGACAUCCUGGACGUGCACCAGAACAUGGGCUACUGCCCGCAGUUCGACGCCAUCGACGAGCUGCUGACGGGCCGGGAGCACCUGUACCUCUACGCCCGCCUGCGGGGGGUCCCUGAGUCGGAGAUCCCCAGGGUGGCGGCGUGGGGCAUCCAGAAGCUGGGGCUGACGGAGUACGCAGGCCGCUGCGCAGGCACCUACAGCGGGGGCAACAAGCGCAAGCUCUCCACCGCCAUCGCCAUGAUUGGCUGCCCGGCGCUGGUGCUGCUGGAUGAGCCCACCACAGGCAUGGACCCCCACUCCCGCCGCUUCCUGUGGAACGCCAUCAUGAGCGUCAUCCAGGAUGGGAGGGCCGUGGUGCUCACCUCACACAGCAUGGAAGAGUGUGAGGCGCUCUGCACUCGACUGGCCAUCAUGGUGAACGGGACCUUCAAAUGUCUGGGCACCAUCCAGCAUCUCAAAUACAAGUUCGGGGACGGCUACGUGGUGACCAUGAAGGUCAGGUCGUCGGGCCCCGGGGCCCCCCCGGACCUGGGCCCCGCCGAGAGCUUCAUGGAGAGCAGCUUCGCGGGCUGCGUGCAGCGGGAGAAGCACUACAACACGCUGCAGUACGAGAUCGCCUCCUCGUCCCUGGCGCGCAUCUUCCAGCUCGUGGCGGCCAACAAGGAGCGCCUCAGCAUCGAGGACUACUCGGUGACCCAGACCACGCUCGACCAGGUGUUUGUGAACUUCGCCAAGCUGCAGGCGGGAGAGGACGAUGACGUCAUCUCACGUCGACGCAAAGCUAGCACGCACAAAAGAAAGAUCACACCGCUCCGGAGAAAGAAAUGAAAAGAAGAUAGGACCAACUACCCCCCUCCAAUCAUGUAGGACACAAAAACUCUCCUUUUAUCCACUGGAAAGAUUCCACCAGAUUCCAGACAAUUUAACUCUAAAACCAGAAGAGGAAAUUGAGGCCGCUCACCUGUCAAAUCAUUGGCCAAAACUAAAAGUUUGCAACAUUUAUAUUUGUUUUCAUCCUGCUAGAAUGGCGAUGACUCAUUCUGGUCUGCUUAUUUGAGAACAAAAUUACAUUUGUAAUGCUUUUUGCUCGAGGAAUCCACACCUGCAAUCCACUGAAGAUGAUAUAUUCUGUUUUAUAUUAAUGUGUAUAUAUUGUUAUAUAUAUGUUUGAGAACAGUAAGCACUUUUGAAGCAAGUCGUUUUUACACUCACUACUCCUUUGUACAUGUACCCAGCGUAAAUGAACCAUCACUCCAUUGUUGUUCAUUCAUUAGCUCUGCUCUUUCAUUCAUAAUUAAUUAUUCAGGUGUGCUUUGCAUUGCCAGCGCUGCAUUGACUCUCACUCAAUCUUCCUGGUUGGGUGUUUAAGCGCUUCCUUCGCCUGCCAACCUUCCUUGCCCACAAACAUGUGCAUGUAAAGAUGUCAUGCGACAUGCUUUAGCUUUUGCCAUCGCCCUCGACCAACGCCGACCCACUCUUCUUGGGGAUUUAUUACUGCUCACGGGACUUUUUGAUCCACCAUCAGCACAAUGCAAUACGCCUCAGAAGACCACUCCACAGGCGCUUACUGCUGGGCUGAGUCAGAACUGCGAUGGACACGCACGCCCGCACAAACACAGAUACAUAUUCUUCUUUAUUUCUCUCUAUGCUACUUACCCACUUUCCAAGCUGAUUUUGUGCGGCAACAUCAAUUAAAAUAACCUGGUUUUAAUAAACA